AAAGUCACAAAUGUCAAAACAAAUUCAGUCAACAAACUGACGUGUACUUUACUUUUAUUUAGAUACAAAUGCAGUUUAAUUGUAUUAAUUUGCGAUAGUGCUCAUAAUGUCUGAGACAGAAAGACUUGCUCAAAAUGGGGCAGGGCCCUCGGAGGGCGCAGACAGGAGGGCCGAGGGUGACGCGCCUCCCGUGGUGUCGGAACGAGAAGCUUAUUUUCAAGCUCUUCGAUUAUGGAUUCAGCAAGCACAGAUGUACCAAAACCUAUCCACUUGCUUUCCUUACUACAUGAUGACUUUUCAAGGCCUACAAAACAACCCGACAAAUGUACCGCUGCUAAAUAACAAUUACCAAUUUCAAGUUCCCUUUCAAGUACCCAAUCAGCCGCGACCUGCCCCUGAGACUCAGCCACAGCCGGAAAGCCUGACCCCAGCAGAAGUGAUAGCUCGACAUGGAGGUUAUGAGUAUGUGAUACCACCACUACACAAGCGCCUGGUGGCCGAGUUCAUUGAUUUCAUGCUACUGUUCAUUGUCAAAUUGAUUGUGACCUUCAUGGCUGUUGACAUGUUUGAAUUAAUUGAUCUUGACAAGUUUGACUUUUACAAGUUCAGUGAACAUUAUGAUGACUACAAGUAUGCCAUGGAGCUGACAUCAGAAAUACUCUUCCUGGAAGUGAUAUACAGAAUACUUGUGUGCAUAUUUGAGGCUUUCUGUUUAUCCAGCAGUGUAGGCCGGACAGGCGGUGCGACCCCCGGCAAAGCGUUACUCGGUAUCCGCGUGGUCACCGCCUCGGCCGUCGUCCCCGUCGAGGACAGGCCGCGGGAGACCGUCCUCCUCUACCCCGGCAGGACACUAUCUUUCACAGUGGCCUUAUUCAGGUCACUUAUGAAGAACUUCCUCAUAUCUCUACUGUUCCCGCUGUGCGUGGUUCUCUUCGUGUUUCGCCACAACCGCACCGGCUACGAUAUUCUUUGUGGUGUCAUUGUUGUCGAAGAGAACAUGUUUCCACCAAGACGAAAUGCACCAUGAACACCUUGUUACCAGCGUUAAGUAAUCGGAAUCAGGAGUACUGUUGAUAUUGACUGUGCUUUAGUGAAGCCUAUUGUACACUGUGAUUUAGCUAUGCUAAUAGAUUUGCUACAUUUUCAUUAUAAGCUGAAUGAAGUUAACUGUUGUUAUGCAAAAACAUCAUUAACAAUACCAUUUAGAACUAAACAUGAUUGGUAUUUAUAAUCUUUAACGAUAAGCAACUUGUUUUUUGCAUUACUACAGUUUGAAACAAAGAUGAUUUCUCUCAAACAAUGAAUGUCUAUCAAGUCAUUCAGCAUAAUUGAAUUACUAAGAUUUACUGUAGCGUAGUACAUUACAGGGCUUUAAUGGUGCCCAUAUUCUGAUUUUAGUCGAAUCAUGUCUUUUGCCUUUGUGUAAGUAAGCGUGAUUUUAGCCUAAAUAUCAUUGACUAUCGCUAAAAUCAAGCCGAUUCCCGCAAAAUGUUAAGGUUCAAAUAUUAAUCUUGUUGUUUGCGUAAAUGUAAAGUUCAAAUAUGUGGUCUCAAGUUAAAUAGUAUGGCGACGGUUUGUGUAUUUAAGGCAUAUUAUUCAUGGAGAAAGUUUAAGCUAAUACUCUAAAUUUAAUUGUUCAAUAUCGAUUUAACUUCAGUGUUUCACGUAGUUUGCAGACUUAUUGGUCUUUUAUUAUAAUAAAUUUCGUGAGCCGUAUUAUAAUUAUUUAUUUUAUAACGUGCAAGUGUAAACCGUUAUCAAAUAAAUAUUUUGAUUGGCGUAGUUGGAUUGUAUUUGAAGUAAAUAGUUUUGGAGUUACUGCAAUUACUGGCAAUUACUGCUAUUAGAAAUUUAGAUUUACUGGUGUUAAACAGUAUAUAAAUUUAAUAUUCACCAAAGAUAUUGGUCUAUGCUGAUGGAAAGGCGUGAAAUUCGAUUCGUUUAAUCAUACAGCUUAGCACUUUUUUAUUGCAAGGCAUGGAUUCUGCUAUGAACAAGUUUAUUUAUAAUAUUUCAUCGUCUAGCUUAUAUUACUCCUAGCCAUCAAGUGAGGGUAAAGGGUUCAGUUUUCUGAUGUUUUUCGUCAGCUUUAUACAUAUGGCCUUAUAGUUUACUCACUAGUACGAAUUCUUCUACGAAUGUCAGGCUAAAAUAUCAUCUGCAUAUUAAAGGAGACACGUUCACGCGGAUACGUGUCUUCAAAGUGAGCUCGGGCAUAGUUGCACUUAAAUAUUAAAUUCAUACCGGCCCGUUGCAGUUCUGUUAUCAUAUGGGUUUUGGUGACGCGAUGCCCUGGUGAACGUUUUACAUCUUACUGCCUGCUAUAUAAUUUGUUAAUAACAUCCAAACCCAAGUUAUGAGGAUUCAAAAAAACGACGAAGCGCUUCGAGAAAAGAUAGGUAGUGCCCGUGCGCAUCGCUUGGCUCGAAAUUAGUAACACUGCCGACCUAAAUAUACAUCGAGAAACACGUUGAGAAAGUUAGCAGAAAUUGUCGAAAUCCUCUCGUUGAAUUGGCUCUACACAAUCAGUCAUAAUAUUUAAAUAGGGAUCCCGAAGCUUAAUAUGAAGUCUGUGGUUUACCUUUAUCAUACAUCUUUCCACCCGGAAACGGUUUCUAACGAUACAAAUUAUAAAGUAAAUGCAUGUAAAUUUUACGUACACCAAGCGCUUCGAUUACAGAGAAUUAUUUUUAUGUGUUCGGUUUCAAAUAUAUUCCUACUAAGUUUAGAUACAAAUUCAUUUUAUAUUAAAGUAAACAUGUACAGAUGUUAGUUUUUAUGUUUGAAUUGUUCUUAUUUUUUUGGUAUUUUUAAAGGUUCAACUAGGGUAAAACACACCCUAUAUGUAUAUCAAUCAAUUUAUGUGACUGUAUUUUCGUACAAGUUUCGAUCGACCACUGUAGCAAAUAAAUACGAAAUAGAUCUCUGUUAGUCUUUCCCUAACAGCUGAUUUGUUGAUUGUUUGUCUAUGCUAUUUAUUUCGUGUACCUUUAUUAGUGCUGUUUAUAUCUUUAGCUUUAGCUAAUAUCAUAAUUUAUUGUUCGCCAGUAAAUGUCUGUUGUCCGUUAAGUAAUUUCAGCUCUGUGUAGUUAGUGAUGGGGCGGUUCUGUAUGGCGGAAUAGUGUAUGUAUUGAUCUAUCACAAGUUAAAAGAUAUUAUAAAAAAAAAAUACCAAAAUAUUUUUGUAGAAUUAGUUUGUACCUACUGGUCUGAUGACCAAUAUUAUCUAAAUCCUGAGUUACAAAAUUGUGAUGUUUAUUUUUUGUGUAUUAUAUUGUAAAUAAUUAAUUAAAUACGAAAAAAUCAGAA